UUGUUGUGUGACAGCGAAAAACCUGAAAGAGCAACAUAAAUGUAUCGACAUCGCCCUCACUGGGCUAGUGAAUUUCACUAAAAUAUUGCUAAUUAAAUCCAUUUAUCCGUGCCAAAAACAGUGAUAACCUAUUCCGCAGUAUCUGUUUCCCCCAUGUGCAGUGCGAUUUGUGCAGAAAACUGAAAUGCUGGCCAGAAAUAUGCUUUCCUUCCUGGCAGCAUCGUCGAGACUUGCCUUCGUCACGAAAAAAUCUGAAGAAAAGAUGACCAACAAUCACCAAGAGGAAGAAGAGUCUCAUCAGCCAAAGGCAGCCGAAACGAAUGGAAUACAGAAGUGAGGCAGUGUUGAACAAAAACGAGUGGAAAGAAAGGUCGAUCAAGGGAAAAUCAUAAACAACAAAGAGUUCCGACACAAGAAUCCCAAAACCGAGACGAAAAAGAGCGAGAGGAAUAAAAAGAAGUUAGAAGGUCUGUUUCGAAAUUAACGAUUUGCACACCGAGACUGAUUCCCAUUAUUGGAUUUCAAAAAUAGUUCGAGAGAUCGAGAGUAAAGCAGUUGCAGAAUUUCCUGCAAACUAUUGACAAGAUGAGUUCCGGUCGACGAUUCCAUCAGUAUUAUUUUAGCUAUCAUUUUAUGCUGGCGAUGACAGUGACGGCGGCCCUUUUUGGCUGUUUGCAAACGAAUGCUUCCUCCGCCUCAAACCAUAUCUUUGUAAAUAACAUAGUUCCUUCUAUAAGUGGUAAUGUAAGUAAUAGUAGCAGCGACAGCAGCGCGAUAAGCAUUGAUAGUAACAGCAAAGUGCCUUUGCCUACAACGGCCAGUCCAAUACCGGUGUUUCCAUUCGUUCCGAUGGCACCGGUUAUUCAGGCUCAACAAUCGGAAAACGACCGAGAAUAUAGCAUACAGGAACUUACGAAAAUGUUGGAGAUAAAAUUAAAGCGGAUACGGAAUCAGGAGUUGGACGUUCCUGUGGUGCAGGAACUUUACGACACGAUGGAAUUCACUUCGGUGAUUCGAAAUGACAUCGAGGAGCUGGAAAAAAUGGCCAAAAAGUUAACGACCAAGUUUGAGCAAUCCGCGGCGGCAAUCGAUCGGCUGAGGGCAUUCAUUUACGAGUCCGCAACGCGACACAGUGCCAAAUACAACACAAUCAUCCAUCCGUGCCCGUACAGUGAGCUGAUCAAUCCAUGGGACGAUGAACCGCAGUUCGAUUUGCAGAAUUUCAUACAAAACGCCAAGCUGAUAAACUCGUCACAUCCUGCGAAGCAAUUUUCUGGCGAUUCCGGAUUUUUGGAUUUUUCAGCGUUUCCAGCGAGCCCGGAUGAUCGACCCAGGAUUCGUAUCAGUGAUCAGACGGUCGACGAUAACAAUCUAAGCUUACAAAAGCGGUUUUUAGAUCAGAUUGCGCACCUACAAAGCGGUUUCUACAGUUUAAAGCAAUUGUUUUACUUGUCGUCAUUUGAUCAAGCGAGCGCAUUCAAAUGCCAUUAUUUUCCGAAGGAUGGACGAUUGAAAUCCUUGUACUUAUCCUCCGUGAGGAGUAAACACUUUAUGAUUCUUUUGGACAUCGGAAACUCGGUGAGCUUUGACCAGCUGGAAGUUGCAAAAGCGAUUAUCAAAUUUAUGAUCUAUCUGCUGAAUGAAAAUGAUCGGAUUGCUAUCGUGGCAGUUAGUCAGAAGCUAACGACUACCGAAAGCUUACUGGACUGUGCGGAUGGUCCAUUCGUUAAUGCCACUAUUGAUAAUAAAGAUCGCUUAGUGGACUUUGUGGACUCGCUCAAUAAGACUUCAUCUGCAGCAGCACACGUGACAGCAUUUCGGUACGCCUUUAAGGCCAUUGGCGAAGCUUACGUAGGAGUGGAUAAGGAGCUUCCAUUUGUGGUUUUGUAUCUUGGAAGAGCUCAAGUGUCUCCGAUUACGACAGCGGCAAAAACGGUGAUGCGAACCAUCGCCGAAGGACAAUCCAGGCUUCCUUAUCCGGUUAUUUUGAACACAUGCUUAAUUCUGCUAGAUGAAAGAGAGAUCUCUUACGAGAAACAAUUUAUUGCCGAUGUUACAACUCAAAACUUCUCCAAAUACAACUUGAGUGCUGUAUUCUUUAAACCACGGUCAGGAAAGAUGGUCAUGAUUUCGAAGCACAGCUUUGAUGCUCAUCGAUUCGUAAUUGCCUUGAUGGAACCCUUUCUAAGCGAUGUGAAAUUUAUCGAAAACGCAGUUCGAGUGCAUCUGCCAUACCAUGAAGUAUCCACCCAUGACUCCCUGGUAACGCUUUCGCUUCCUGUCGGAACGCACGGAUUAAUAGGAAUUGAUCUUUUUUUGAGUGAUCUUACAGAGGAUAUUUCCUAUUACAAACAAGACGACGAAAGUUAUGCAUUCGUGAUUGAUCUUCAGGGAAAUACCAUCAUGCAUCCUUCAUUUCCUAGACCGCUGGCGGCUAGAGAGAGCUUCUUUGUCACAAACAUUACCCGCCUCGAACGUGGACUCAGCAUAGACGAUCUUCGGUCUCUUUUAACCGAAGAAAAUGGUAACAUUACUCUAAAUAGACCCGGUCUAAAUCGAAGCACAGUUUAUCUCUGGAAACGAGCGCGAUUCUACAUAAUGUGUAUUGCUCGAACGAUCAAUUACGAUCGAAAUCCAAACAUCAUGCUCAACGGUGCCUAUUCCAGAUUCAGUCAAUCCCAGCAACUUCAGUAUUACCAUUCAAAAUCAAAUGCAGACUACAGCUUCAUCACCAGCAACGGUGUUACCAGUCGUAACCUUCUGUCCGAUCUGAUAUACCAUCGUCUCGACAUCUACCCGGCCCAUCUGCAAAGGCCUUCGAUCAGCUCGUCAUCCAACGCCAUACCUUUUGAUCAAACAUCUAUCGAAUCGCCGAGAGUUUGCCGGCUCAUGAAACAGCUAGCCGUAGCUGAUGACUCCACCUUAUAUCUAAGUUCGUCAUCGUUCCAGUCCCCAUUUGCCCACAUCCGUAACAAUCGAGAAUCCGCCAUCGAGGAUGACAAUGUGCGAGCCAUUCAAAACAUCAUGGCUUAUCUCAAAGACACCACAUCGCUUUUUGCCAACCCUGGCCUCCUUCCGGAAAUUCGCAGCGACGUUCUCGCAUUGCUCAAAGUUAUUUCGAAUUACCGGCGCCGUCACGGGGAAAGUAAACUCAGCAAAUAUAUCAUCCGUCGCUACGCGGCAACCAUUAACGGUGUCCUCGAAGUCUACCCUGGUGGUCUCCUAGAUACGGACAUUGAACCCACCAGACGACCGUGGUUCGUGAAGGCCAUGGAGUAUCCUGGUAAAAUCGUUGUAACUAAACCCUACUUAGACGCGGGAGGUGCCGGUUACAUCGUCAGCGUCUCGUACACAAUCUUCGAAGGCAUUGCCGAUGCGCUGCAUAACCCAGAAAACGAUAAACCUAUUAUGGUGGUUUCCCUGGACUUUUCCCAAGGAUUCUUCUAUAAACUGCUCACGGAAUCGUCGAACAUUUGCAAUGCCGAGAACAUCAAGUGCUUCUUGAUGGAUGACCGGGGAUAUUUAAUUGCGCACCCCAAACUGAUCGAACCGGCCAUCAACAACAAUCGGCGCAUGCUGGAGCACAUAACGCACAAGGAGUCCCAGGUGGCGAACGACAUUCUCAACCACAAGCAGCUGGUCACGAAGAAGAUGUGCUACAACUACGUGAACCGAACGGUGCAGCGUUUCUACCAGUUCAACAUGUCCCUAUCCGAGGUGGUGACCAACGUGAUGUACGGCGAAAAAACGAAGUACCAGAUAAUGCUGGUCCCGGGGACGAAUCUAUUUUUGGGCGUAGUAAAUUCAACCAACGACGGUGGGGCAUUCUGUCCGUGCAGUACGGUUGGUAACUCAUGUCUGAACUGCAACCGAAUGGAGCAAACCGAGUGUGAGUGUCCGUGCGAGUGUCCUCUGGAUUAUUACGAAGACGAACCUCGAGAUCCAACGUGCCGUCGUAUGGACAGAAUUAGCGGCACAGGACGUAAGCCAACGCCGCAAAGCGUGCCACUGUGUUCACCCCUCCCGGAAGAUCUAAUUUCGAUGAAUGCUCUCAACUACGAGAGCGAAUUCGAACUCAAAAGUUGCACCAACAUCAACUGUGAAGAUUAUACUACACAAAGCGAGUGCCUCGGACUUGUUGGAUGCGAGUGGUGCCAAGUGGACAUCGAUGGAGAAAAUACAUUGACGACACCCUUCUGCACAUCACAAUUGACAUGCUUCAAUGGGAUUUUCGGAUCGGCCACUCCUUACGGCGAUGUUAUAAGCAAUAACAUCAUGGAGUCGGUCCUUCCACCCGCCUAUAGCGCCAUUGGUCCGGUAGCGGGAGCGAUACUUGCUCUCUGCUUGGUGGUCGGUUUUGCCAUGUACUGCUAUCGACAGAAUACCGACCAAAGUGGUGCAUCCGAUCAACUCUACGAUGACCUGGUUGCAGAUCACUGCAACGGUGUUCCGUUAUCCAGGUUCGACAUCGAAGACCACAGUCCACCGGAUGAUGGGGACAUUGGUCGCACGAAUGCCAAACAAAACCUUCUCAUGAAUGGACAAAGCAAUGCCAACUAUAUGAUCUUCCCGAACGUUGCUUCACCGUACCAAAUGUCUUCCAACUACCGACGUCCGAAUGCUGGAUCUUCGGACCAUGGCUAUUCCACUAUGACUCACCACGAAGAGUCCGAGCAUCUUUGCUUAUCUAACGCCGAACCGGUGGCACCAAACGCUUCGGGAAAGCGCCUCUCGAUGUCGGAUUCGGCCUCGAUCAAUACAUCGGUGUCGAGUCCCUACAGCAAUCACCAGAACUUCCUGGCUCUGUCCAAACAACAGACUCCUCAACUUGUACCCAGUGACGAGGAACAGCAGCAGAAGUUCAUCGAUCCAUCACAAACCAUUCUACCUUCACCGACGUCCGUAUCGCGAACGGGCAUUUACGGUGGUGGACAUCAUAUCCUCGUCCCGGUUACCGUUCACCGGAAUAUGGACGUUUCCUAACGAACAGUGCUAAGUUACUUAUAAAUCUAAGGUGUACGUAGGAUUCCGUGCUGACCAACUAGUUUAGUAUUGUAGUAGUACUCGUUCGCAGUGUGACUGGGCGAGGAGAAAAACGAACGCGUUGAGGUAAGUAAAAACCGCUUUCCCAUUGAAUGUACCUUAAUUAUGAGACCUAUCGAGGCUCACGUAUCCAGAGAUUUCCUAGAUAUGCAAAUGCAACGAAUUGUGGACAAUUAGAUAGCUACCCAAUGAUACCUGAGAUACAGUCAAGAUUUUAGCAGUGUGGAUUUUCUCAUAUCGGAUGUCUAGAAUAGGGUGUGUGCACAGCAUACAGUGAAUUCUCCUUUAAUUAACGUUUACGAAAUCUUAAACUACGAAUUUGGGUUUGCUAUUAUCAAUGCCAUGCGGUACACUUGCUACUUAGUUUGUAUAGAGUUUAUGGCGUAUUCGCGCCUUCAAACUUACCAUAUUACGAUAAUCUUGACUGUAACUUGGAAUGCUUAACCGUUUGGUUCACCACACAACACUAUUUAAAGGAGGAAAAAAUCCAAUCCCCUCAGCCCCACCCAGCAAUUUCUACUAACUGUUGACUGACUGUUGAAAUUAUUUCUAAGCAUUUAAUUAUACAUAGAAACUUUAUUAAGUAUGGCUUUUGCCAAAACAGUAGAUAAUACGAAGCGCCAUCACUAAUGAUUUUCCUAAACGUAUAAAAUUAAAACUGAAUGUUGCUAUCAAUAGCUUCUAUAUGGAACAACAAUAACCAUUCAAAGUAGAUACGUGUAAUGAAAUAGCAUUUCUUAUGAAAAUAGUGCAGUAACCAAACCAUCAUUCUAAAUCAGGCUGAAUUAUAAGUUAAACCUAAACAAUUAAUCAGCAAAUUCAUCCUCGAAUGGCAUCGUGGCAAUUUUACACAACGAAAUUUUUGAGCUUAUACACAGUGUGUAAGUGUAUUACACAUACUACCAACAAGUUUAACUUAGAAGCUUUUGUUCGUCAAUUAUAUGUAUUAAACACGUGAUGUUUAUUAAAAAAAAUGGAGGUUGUUGCUUUCUGAGAAGCAUUUUACUGUAUAAGAACUGCGCAUUUCCUUUUCGCAAAUCGCGCACUAUCCACAAACUUUGUAAUAAGCUUUACUAUACAUAUAUUGACACAAACAAGAAUCCGUGAACUAAUCGGCAACCAGUUUACUGUCGGUGAAAUGUUGUGAAUUUUAGCAUGUUUUUAACGUUAGGCUCUAGUUGAAUUUAUAUACACUUAUCAAUACUUACCUAAACAAAAUAGUAAUUAGGUUAACUGCGACAGCUAUUUUCUUCCUUUAGGACACUCGUAACAAUCGGUGUCCUAUUUUUUACUACUGUAUCAGAUAAAUGUAUUUUAUUUGUAACAAGUGAGAAACACUUACAAAAGUCCUGAUUCGGCGGUGAAAACGAAUUGCAAUGAAUGUGAAAAAUAAAUUAUUAACUAAUCAAA